AGAUGGCGCUGCUCGAGCUUGGCAUGCAGGUUCGAUUGUGAUCAUACCCCUUGGCAUUGGGACCAAUUUUCCACAAAUUUCGCUGGCCAGGCAAGAGCCAGAGACAGGGUCUUGGAUUGGUGACCUCGUGCAGACCUCAAUCGGGUCAUGCGCUGGUGCUGCAUCGCGGCUGAGGUUGGCGGCGCACCUGCAUUAGCGCCGCUCUGGCGGGCAAGGCGCGGGCCUUCUGCUGCAUUGAGCGGCCAUCCGCUGCGAGGUGAACCGCCAAGCAAGAUUAUCGUGGUCCCAGCGCGAUGGAAGAGUUGCCUCGCGAGAGCUUCUCAGCUCUCAAAGAAGCCAGCUCUCAAAAGGUAUAAAAGAGCUGCUGACAUCGAGCUGAAAUCUGCGAUACGACAUCUCACCCUCAAUUUGCUCUUCUCGUUCGGCAUUUGCCAACUUUAUUUUUUCUUCUUCUCUUUUGCUCUUCUCUCGAGAUUCUCAUCGUGCUGCCGGCAGCUCGAAUAAUCUCUCCCGAUUUCAGCCGCUUGCUCGCUUCAAACGACCGUCUGCCCACAGCCACACAUUCGCGAUUACAACACCUUCCCCCACUUUCUCGAGACCAAGUAACAGCCGCGCAAGAUGCGUCUGCUUCUACUGCUCCAGGCCGCGCUCUGCGUAUCUGCCGCUCUGGUGGCGGCCGCGCCCAUCGG